AUGGAAGACUUUUCCCGUGAUGAAAUGAAUCGUAUCGUGUUGAGCCAUAUUCCAAGGAAAAAAGGACGUAAGUUUGGGGUUGGUCGACUUCCGGAUCUAGACAAAACGUCGUCUUCUUUUCCAUCUUAUGCCUCUCCGCAUCUUCAGAGUGAAAUCGAUAGGUUAAACGAACGACUCAACGAAGAACGUGAAGAACGAGAGAGGGAGCGGGCAGAACAAGAGAGGAAGGAUAAGGAAAAUGAAGUACAAUAG